AUGAAGUUUACCCUCGCCACUCUCACCGCCGUGGCCCUCGCUCCUCUCGCAGCAGCAGAUUUCUACAUCUACUCCAUCAAGAGCGGCUCAGCCAUCUUCAUGUCUUCGCUCGGGGAUGUCAGCGGUGGUAAGCACGGGGUGUGCUGCAAGGGCUGCCCUGAUUUCGAGGAGCUCGAGUUCAAUAGCAAGAUAGGCCACUACAAACCGGGAUUACGGUCUGUUCACCACGACGACAAGAAGGUCGGCCAGUGCCAGAUGGAUAAGUCUGAUCACUUCCAGUGCGGAAACCCUUCCAGCCAGGCUGGUGAUUCGAUCGUGCACUACACUGCACUGCGGACUUUAACGCGGAUGCGGUCAACAAACAAUGAUUUUACGAUGUAG